CUCCUUUCCCCAGUCCCCAUCGCCGUCCUUCCACCGUUGCUAGCCGCCUCUCGCGACGGUCACCCUUUCCCGCAACCUCUGCCAUGUAAAACCACCUCCUCUCUGGCUCUCCCGUCCGUCGCAGCCCUGCCGGCCACCUUGUCGCUGCCUCUGCUCGGCUCCUUUCUUCUCCGCCCAGCGAUCUUGACGCGCCCUAGUCACGCCGCGAACAAGUCACCGCAGGACCUACGAGGAGCAGUUGGUGAGAUGGAGAUGUAGAUGGAACUUCGAAGCUAGUUACUUAUAACAGAAGGUAUAGAAUACCAAGUGAACAUGAGGUUACAACAUACAAUUGCAUCUGCGAAGCGGAUUCCGUUAUGGUUUCUAGAACAUAUUACAGAUAAUUUUUCCGAGGAGCGCAUAAUUGGUUAUGGUGGGUUUGGAGUAGUUUAUAAGGGGAUACUCGAUAACGGGCAUGUGAUUGCUGUGAAGAAAAUACGUUCCAAUGGGGAAUUGGGGGAGGCCCAAUUUAAGAACGAGCUUAUGAUCCAUCUUAGGGGGGUCCAGCAUGAAAACAUUGUACAGUUAGUUGGCUAUUGUGAUGACAGGAGAAAUAUAUUUGCUGAGUACGAAGGGGAAAUUGUAUUGGCUGCUGUGGAAGAAAGAGCUCUCUGCUUGGAAUACAUGCCGGGUGGAAGCCUUGAUGGUCAUCUUUCUGAUGAAUCAUGCGGACUUGAAUGGCCUCCACGCUACGAAAUAAUUAAAGGUAUAUGUGAAGGUUUAAAGUACCUUCAUACUGCAUUCAAAGGUUGUAUUUACCAUCUGGACUUAAAACCCGCUAAUAUAUUGCUCGAUAAGAACAUGCGGCCAAAAAUUGGUGAUUUUGGUACGUCAAUACUCCUUGGCUCAAUGCAAACAUGCAUCACAGAAACAAUAACAGGAACAUUUGGAUACAUGCCACCAGAGUACAUCGAUUAUCAGGAAAUCUCACCUAAGUUUGACAUAUUCAGCUUGGGCCGUACGAUGAUACAAGUAAUAGCAGGACAGGAGGGCUAUGAAAAAUGUGCAGACAUGCCUCAUCAGCAAUUCAUUGAGCAUGUACAUGAAAACUGGGGAAGCAGGCUGGGGGCAGCAAUGUCGUGGUAUACAUCCUGGCAAGUCAAGGCAUGCAUCAAAAUAGCGUUAAGGUGUCUGAAGUACAACCAAGUGAAUAGGCCUACUAUAACCGAGAUUGUCAAUGAACUGAAUGGGAUUACUAAAACCGAGAUUGUCAAUGAACAGAAGAAGAUUAUUAAAAUCAUCUGCUGCCUGUUAUUCGUUCCCAGUGACGCCAUGUUUUAUCGUGUACUGGCAUGCGAAGCAGUACCUUUGUCUCGUCUACAAUUUAUUGAGCAUGAACAUGAGAACUGGGGGAGCAAGCUGGGGGCAGGAAUGUCAUGGCAUAAAGACAUGCACCCAAAUAGAUUAAGGUCUGUGCAGGGAUGUUUUUGAGAACUUCGUGGCCCCAGGGCAGAGACAUAAUUGGAGGCCCUUUGUUAUAAUAAUUUUGUAAAGAUCAUCUUGAUUUUGCUUAAUAAAUUUGGUCCAUAUAAUUCGUUGUCAUAAAAAAGUGUGGAUGCAUUAUUUCAGCUGUAAAAAUAUAUAGAUUCAUCUUUUUUGGGAUUCGGUCAUCUCAUCUACUUCCUCUUUCUUCCUAAAUAAAAUAUUACAGGUUAGCUGAGGAAGAACAACACCUUGAUUUGUGUACAUUUUUUAACUCA